UAUGCAAUUCGCUUCUCAUUUGAUAUUUUCUUGAUUGAGAGAAGAAGAGAGAUUUUGCCAUAAAUUGGGGAACUAAAUUUUUGUUUUUCAGCUACCUAAGGCGAUGUCAGCAGCCGGAAGCAACGAUAAUAUAACAGAUGCAAUUGAUGAAAUAUGUUCAAAAAGUUCGCCUCAGAGAGAUAUUAUUGCUAUUUAUUGUGUCGUCAUAUCAAUAGUGAUAUUUUUCAAUGGAUUGCUUCUUAUUGGAAUUGGAAUAAGUUGGAGAACACUUCGGCAAAAUAGUAUACAUUAUUACCUAAUAAGUUGCUCAUUUUCUGCAAUUUUUUUCUGUUUUUCUAUAUUUUAUGAGGUAUAUUAUACAACAUUUCAAGUUGAUAAUGCCAGCAUCGAAGGUGGAGUACUACAGAGAUACAACGUAAAUAUUUCUUCACAUCGAAAUGCCAUGCAACAUUAUGCAUUCCGUAAAGGACUUCUUGCGUCAAUGUGGCUUGUCAUGGAAUUGAACGUGGUGGCGCUGAUAUUUGCUGUUGGGGAUAACGCACAAUUUAUCGGUCGAUAUACCGAACCAAAAUUGCCCUCGCGAUCUGAACUUGCGGCUGCUAGCCGAGAUGGUCGCAUGAAGAAAAAACGAGGAUCGGAACAAAAAAUGUUCAAAGGAAAACGAUUCAAAGCUUUUGUUUUAUCAACAAUGGCUUGGAUAAUUCCAAUACUUUUAUCAGUCGCCGUGGCAUUGGGUUGGAAUUGUGUUGAGUACUGUGCUUGCUUGCCUGGAAUUCGAUCUGGCUAUCAAUGUACCCCGCCUGAAGAUAGUGGGCAUAUUUGCUCAAGGCAGUGGCUACCAAUGUCGCAAAGUUUUAUCAUCGUUUUAACCGUGUUGUACUUGUGUGGUUUCGUUGUUAUAUUUGGAAUGUUGACAUCAACAAUCCGAAAGUUUUAUCGUUCUCAUGCUCCUCGACGCUCAAAAGUUAACUUUACAGAAAGCAAGAGGAAACGAAUUGGUGAAGUGAAUGCAAUGGGACGCAGGAACUCAAAUGGAGGCUUCGUACAAGCAAGCGGUACCUGACACAUCAAAUCAAAGGUCAUAUUCUCCUACGCCAUCCAAACUGAAGAAGAACAGAAGACCAGCUCUUCAUGACACCAUCAAGCUUCUCAUUCUGCUAACGUUUUCCCUGUUUCUCUCAAUCACUCCUCUCAUAUGCGUCGUGUUUUUUGAUGUUGUUUUUGCAGAUAUUGUCCUUCGACCUGACGCAGUUUUGGUUACCUCUUCAAUGACGUGUAUGCAUGCCACAAGUCUCCCAUUUAUUUUGUUGAGAUAUAUGAGCGGCUUGCGAACUGCGUGUCAUAAUAUUUUAUUAAAAUGUCCAUGCCUUCAUACAACGAUAAUCAUGAAAAGACCUAGUACCUCAACAGCAAUCAAUAAAUCGCCAACAAACGUAAUACGAUCCGCGACACCGUCUAGAAAAUCUAGAGCGACGAUCGUUGCAUGUGAAGUGCCGACUGUUCCCGAAAUAGAGUCAAAAGACGACGAAACUAGUGAAGAGACUGUCACUGAAGCUGUAAAUUGUACAUUAGAUCCACAAAAAAUUCUUUCUGAGAAUUCUCCUCCAGAAUCAGAUAACAGAAAACCAACAUUUGAAAAAUACGAAACUGUUGUGGAUCUUUCUAAAUACGAUUUAUAUGAUAAUUUUGCAAACAAAACAAUUGAAGAUAUAGUGGGAAACAUCAGUAAGCAGUAAAGUAAUAAAAAUCAAUGAAAAGUAUAUAUGUAGCUCGUUUAGAUUGUAGUUUUCUAACUGGUGUCCAUUCAAAUAGUUUUAUCAUAUCGCUAGAUCAUGUGUAUAUUUGACAUAUGAAGGAAAAUCAUGAACCUUUUUUAUUGUUUCCAUCGAAAUGCUAAUGAAUUCAUUUCAUUUUUUUUGCGGGGUGGGGGAGUCCUGUCAUGUAGCUGUGUGAUUGCUCUUCUUGGGGUGAACUCAAAAUUUGUUUUACAAAAUACCAUACGAAAUAAACAUGUUAUAUAUUAUAUUCAAUAAUAAGGUCCUGGGGUAGGCUACAUUACCAUUGGUGACAUUAAUUCAGAUUCUCAUUCCAACAAUACGGCUAUAUUUUAGGGAUGGAAAUGACCGAUUGUUAUAAAUUGUAUUAUAUAUGUAUUUGCUAUUUUAACAAUAAAACGUUG